UACCCAUAUUUAGUAUCUUUGGCUGUUAGGUUGCUUUGCUAGUUGGCACUUGGCAGCAUCCUUAGUACAAAAUCUUUCUCUUUUCUGCUAACUUUUGUAUAAAUAGAUACCCUUUUGCCCUCAAAUCCUCAAAGCCUUGCUCCAAGCUAUCAAUAGAGUCACCCAAUUGUUUCAGGCAGCUCUCACUCAAAUUAAAUGGCCACCACAGCAAUAAUAUUGAAAAUAUUGCCAUUUUUCUUCUGUCUGUUCAGUAUCUGCAACUGCAGCUUCCAUGCCACUAAUGAAGAUGAUGAUAAUGGCGGUUGGCAAACUGCUCAUGCCACAUUCUAUGGUGGUGCUGAUGCUACUGGUACAAUGGGUGGAGCAUGUGGUUAUGGAAACUUGUAUAGUCAGGGGUAUGGAACGAGCACAGCAGCUUUGAGCACUGUACUUUUCAACAAUGGCUUGACCUGCGGUGCCUGCUACGAGCUGCAGUGCAAUGAUGAUCCCAAAUGGUGCAUUUCUCAAACCAUAACCGUCACCGCCACCAACUUUUGUCCUCCUAAUUAUGCUUUGUCUAGUGACAAUGGUGGGUGGUGCAAUCCCCCUCGAGAACACUUCGAUUUGGCCGAACCUGCUUUCCUUCAGAUUGCAGAAUAUCGAGCUGGAAUUGUUCCUGUUCUCUUCAGACGGGUUUCUUGUGUGAAGAAAGGAGGCAUCAGAUACACCCUCAAUGGUCAUUCAUACUUCAACUUGGUGUUGAUAACAAACGUGGGAGGUGCAGGGGACAUAACUUCGGUAUCCAUCAAGGGUUCCAAAACAGGGUGGCUACCCAUGUCAAGAAAUUGGGGCCAAAACUGGCAAAGCAAUGCCUACCUUAAUGGCCAAAGCCUCUCCUUCAAAGUGACUUCCAGCGAUGGCAGGACUAUCACCAACUACGAUGUAGUGCCUGGUGGCUGGCAGUUUGGACAAACUUUUGAAGGAGGCCAAUUUUAGGCAAAUUGCGUCUACCGUUGAUUAUAAAUCGGGCACAUGAGCGUUUUAUGCAGGGGUAGCAAAGUGGUUGCCCGCUGGCUUUAUGUGUGAAAUUGGCGAGCUAGUGCCAUAGCCUUUAUAGGUACAUUACAUAUAUAGGGCC